UAUUUCAAAGGAGAAAUGAAGAUACAAAAAGCUAGAAAAUGAUAAAAUGGGCUUUUAAUUUCCGUGCCUGGCAGCCAACGAGAUCGGAAUGGAUGUUUUGUGGACAGUGUAUACAGAAUGAGGAGAGAGAGAGAAUUAAAAGAUUUGUCUUCAAGAAAGAUGCUAAAGCUGCAAUGGCUGGAAGACUUUUGAUUCAUAAAGCCAUUGCAGACUGCUUAGACAUACCAUACAAAGAAAUAAAGCUUGGAAGAACAGAGAAAGGCAAACCAUAUCUAGUCAACAAAGUGCAAGGAAGUCUGAGUUUUAAUGUGUCACACAAUGGGGAUUACGCUGUGUUGGCCGCCUCCAAAAGUGGAAUUAUUGGUGUGGAUGUCAUGAAGUAUGAAGUCCGAACAUCUGUGCCACAAUUCUUUCACACAAUGAGACGUCAGUUUACAGAAUCUGAAUGGAGUCAGAUACAAAAAUCAACAGAGGAAAGGGAACAGCUGAAAACAUUCUAUCGACUCUGGUGCCUUAAAGAAAGCUAUGUCAAAGCUUUGGGUGUGGGAAUUGGAUUUGAAGUUAGUCGGCUAGAUUUUACAUUUAAUACAGAGUAUUUAGAAGAAAAUGUAGUGACAACAGACACAUUUCUCAAAGUUGAUGGAGUGCAUCUUUCUGAGUGGACUUUCGAGGAACAUACCAUGGACAAUCACUGUAUUGUUGUGGCACACAAUCAGCAGAACACAACAAUGUCAGACUGUGACAAAGAAAGUGGGAGGAAGUUUGAACAUUUCAAAGUCCUACAGUUAAAUGACUUGGUUCAAUGUGCUUCCUCUCUCUGUGAUCCUGAUGAGGAAUUCUGGGAACAGUUUGACCCAAAAGAUGAAGCACCUCAGAUACACAGGAAAACCAGUUCUUAGCAUUAUGAUAUUUUUUGUCUGGAUGCAUUUACUUUAAUUUUGAAAUGAACUGGAGAAAAAUGAAUAAAACCAAAUCAGACAUGAUGUUAUAGGCAUUCUGUU